GAAUACAUAUUGCAUUUUGAUAAGAUAUUACAGAUAAGUGUUUUGGCACAUUUUCUAUAGGUAGGCCUAUACAUAAAUCGGUCGUGGAUUGUAUCUAUACAUAAUCUUGGCUGUUUAUUUUGUAGUGUGCCGAGAGUGCAGUGUAACAUUGACGCACAUUUUCUUACCUAUAUAUACCUCAUGUUCAUUUCAUAUUGAAACAAUAUGUAGGUAAACAAGAAGCGACUCCUGAGGAACUGAUUAUGACGGCUGUAUGUUAUAGAACUUCUGUGUAUUGUUAAUCGCGUAGUGAUCUCUUAGCCGCUUUUUGUGUCAGUGUUGUUAGUCAUUAAUCUUUGAUAUAUGUAAAAUAUAACUUUACUAAAGUUGGUUUAUAGAACAGUGGGGCAUUCAGUGUUGACCUUCCAAUUUUAUUCGUGAAAAGGUGCAAUGUCAUUUUGGCGUAUCAAUGAAUGAAGGCACGUAAGAAAAGAACUACGGAUUAGUUUUAAGUAUUACCUUAUUCAAGGACAAAGUGCUGACGUACUAACGGAAGAAUAAUUUAAAGUGUUGUUGGCUGUGGAUUAAAAAUGUAUCGGAAUUAAUUAUUCAAACUGGCUGCGUGGACAGACAUUCAGCAGGCCCAGUUUUCCAGUUUCUUAGCGCCAAGGGUCCGUACUGUUAAUGUGAUUCAACCUGUGACUGAGGGCGAAAAUUCAACAAACAUGUCGUCAUCAUUGUUUACAAUUAGUUCGAACGAAGCGGCUAAACUGGUGAAGAACCAGAGAAAACGGGAUGACGAAAAAUACUGUUUUCUCCUGCAAGUGUCAUUCCAGUCUGUUUAUAGUGACACUCCGAUUCCAAACACGUGUUUAAAAAAGCUACCGCGACUACUUAACGGCAUUCCUCUAGGACCUGGCUUAAUGGCACGAGACCAGUUGGAGAGUAUACGAUGGCGUUACAUAGAAGGAGGAACCAAGCUGCACACGUUCAUUUCCGUACCAAUGUACGAAGACGAGGCAGAGGAAGCGAAAAGAUAUCUAAAAGACAGCCUUAUGAAGCAAUCUCAAGCUGUGUUUGGUGACAUUACAGUAAAAGCUUCUGUUAUUUUGUCACAUUGUAUAAAUUAUGACGAUGAUAUAAUAAUAAACGACAUUGCUGUACAUCUGGACGAAGGGCUUCAUUUUAGGGACUAACUGAUUUCUGUUUAACUCUUUCUACGUCAGUGGAACUUGGAGUGUCGUACUUAACCAUUUAAAUAUUGACGAAUUAAAACAUAUCAUCCAACAGUGUCACCAUGAAAAUGAAAUUUGGUGGAGAAAAAGAGAUAUUCGUCGUAAACAUGAUAAUAACUCUAAAUAGACGUAGGAAUCUAUAGAACUUAGACAGCACAAGUUUUAAAUCGGAAAUGUUCAAUGGUCCCUUUUAUCGUGUCGGCUCACAUUUACUGAAAAUUAGUUCAAAACAUGGAUGUCGAAAAGGAGAACGUUAUAUAUCAAUGCAGGAGCACGAGUAUUUGAAAUUAACUUUAUGUACAUGAGAAAUUGCUACUUAAACACACGGAAAUUUAUACAUGUGUAUACAUACAGCGAAAACAAUUAGAAUACUAGAUACAUUACUACUUGAACGACUUUCAAGUCUCGGCAUGAUAAAAAGACAAAGUGGUUUUAACGAUUUGCUUAAUAGCAUUUGUAUUUACGGACGAUUUAACCCUUAAUGUCUUUCAUGAGUGUAUAGAUCUUUUGUUUACAUACUGUUAAAUAGUUAUAUUAACAUUUUAUUGUAAUUUUUGUUGACUUUAUAUUUUCGUUGUUAAUUGACAUAUUGACCUAGUUUUGUGUUGCGGUGUUUAAGAUAUUGAAUAAUGACUGACA